UUCUUCCGAACUUAAGUUUUCAGCAGAUAACAAACAAUUAGGAUUGUGACUAUGGAGUUUGUCUUCAUCAUAGUGACAGCGGCAUCACUAACAACAACAACAACAACAACAGCAGCAACAACGCCACCUAUAACAACUGUGCCUCGUACAACUACUCCUCCAGGUACUCCUCCGGGAGGAUGUUUACAUUACGGAAAACAUUAUCUUGACGGAGAAAAUAUUGAAAAAGACCCCUAUAACUGCUAUGGUACGUAUUGUGACGGUGGUGCUAUUGUGUCAUGGGAUGGUGAAUGUUUCUUUCGUACUCCAUACUGUAACGGAUGGAGUGAACGAGUUCUCGGACAGUGUUGUCCUAUAUGCCAUAACAUGACGACUAUACCCACAACAAUACCCCCCAGUAGUACCCCUCAAGAUGGGUGUGUGUACGAGGAGAAGAUAUACGCUAACGGGGAAUAUGUUGAAAAAGAUCCAUAUGACUGUUUCGGUUCAAAAUGUGAGUACGGGGUAGUAAACACUUGGCAAACAAACUGCUGGUAUCCUCCAAACGUGUGUAAAGGUGGAUGGAGGAAUAUAACUGGGGAAUGUUGUAAAGUUUGCGUCAAUAUAACUUCACCACAGCCUGAAACUACUACCUCCACUAGUGGUCCGCAACAGAAGUGCAAAAUUGGGGACAGACACUACAUAGUUGGUCAACGAACGAACACUGAUCCAUGUCACGUGUGCACGUGCACAAUAGACGGCACAGAAUCGUGCUUAAACAUCACUUGUGAUGAUACGGUGCUGGAUUGUGAUGUCAAAUAUAAGCCAGACGGAAUGUGCUGCUUUACAUGCGGUUCCUCACAGUUCACGACAAGCUUGUUUCUUUUGCUGACGUUAUUCUUGAUAUCGAAAGAAAUUCAACUUCUUUGAAAACUUUACAAGAAAUUUGAGCUAGGAAAAAAAUCACCGUUAUUAAUAAUCAAAGAACGCAGAAAUUUGCCGUGCUACAAGCACAAAGUAUGAAAAUGAACAAAGAACCCUAGUGGCAAAUAAUCGCCUUUUGUAUUAAUUAGGAAACGCCUAAAUUUACCAUGCUACAAGCACAAAGUAUGAAAAUAAACAACGAAUCCUAGUGGCAAAUAAUCACCUUUAUUAUUAGUUAGAGAAUGCUUUAAAUUGCCAGGCUAUAAGGGCACAUAUUGAAAACAAACAACGAAACCUGCUAGCAAAUAACACGUAUAUCAAUUGGACAACGCCUAAAUUUGCCUUGCUACAAGUAUAAACGAACAACGAACUCUAGCGGCAAAUAACUACCAUUUUUAUUAUCAUUAAUCAGAGAAUGCCUGAAUUCGCCAUGUUACAAUGUCAUGGAUUGAAAACGGACAAUGAAACCUAGUGGCAAAAAGUCACCUUUCUUAUUAAUCAGAGUACACAUAAAUCAGACUUGCAAAAUGGAACUUUGUGGCAAAUAAUAACCGCUCUGUUUUGAUCAGAGAACGCAUGAAUAUGUCACGCUACAAGUGCGAAGUUUGAAAAUACAUGUACAGAGACACUAGUUGCAAAUAUUCACCGCUCGUAUUAAUCAGGUUUAUGAAAGAGUGUCCAGAUUUGCAAUGCUACAUGUGCACAGUUCGAAAAAGUACAAGGCAUCCUAGUGGCAAAUGAACACCUUUCUUAUUCAGCAAAGGACGCCUUAAUUUGCCGUGCUGCAAGUGCAAAGUUUAAAAAUGUGCGAGGAAUCCUAGUGGCAAAUAACCACCUUUCUUUUUUCUUAUAAAUCAGGGGACGCCUAAGUUUGCCGCACUGCAAGUGCUACCGUUAAAAACGUACAAAAAGGCCCCUAGUGGCAAAUAAUCACUUUUCUUAUUUAGCAAAGGACGCCUUUAUUUGCCGUGCUGCAAGUGCAAAGUUUGAAAAUGUGCGAGGAAUCCUAGCGGCAAAUAACCACCUUUCUUAUUAAUCAGAGGACGACUAAAUUUGCCGUACUGCAAGUGCAAAGGUUAAAAAUAUACAAAAAGGUCCCUUGUGGCAAAUAAUCACUUUUCGUAUUAAUCAGAGGACGCCUUCAUUUGCUGAGCUGCAAGUGCAACCUUUGUGGAUAAUCAUCUUUCUUAUUAAUCAGAGGACGCCUAAAUUUAUCGUACUGCGAGAGCAAAGUUUGAAAAUGUACAUGGAACCCUAGAGGCAAAUAAUCACCAUUCUUACUAGACCGCCUAAAUAUGCAUCCGUUUGUUUAUUAUCUGCAUUCAAAUUAUUUAGGGAAUGCCUGCAUUCGUCAUGAUACAAAUAUACAAGAAACAACCCACCCUAGUGGCAAAUGAUAACCAUUUUUAGCUCGACUAUUCUCAGUAACCACUUGUGGGAAUGGAUUGAAACUUCACACACUUAUUCACUGUGAUAAACUGACUUACAUUGCACAGGCUCCAUAACUCUAUUUUGCUUUUUGACAAAAUUAUGCCCCUUUUUCGACUUAGAAAUUUUUGGUUAAGGUUUUGUAUGUAAGCUGGUAUCUCAGUACUCACUAAUGGGAAUGGAUUGAAACUUCACACACUUGUUCACUGUCAUGAUCUGACAUGCACUAAGCAGGUCCCAUAACUCUACUUUUUUUUUCAAAAUUAUGCCCCUUUUUCGACUUAGCAGCUUUUGGUUAAGUUUUUGUAUGUAAGCUGGUAUCUCAGUAUCCACUAAUGGGAAUGGAUUGAAACUUCACACACUUGUUCACUGUCAUGAUCUGACAUGCACUAAGCAGGUCCCAUAACUCUACUUUUUACAAAAUUAUGCCCCUUUUUCGACUUAGCAGUUUUUGGUUAAAUUCUUAUAUGUAAGCUGGUAUCUCAGUACCCACUAAUUGGAAUGGAUUGAAACUUCACACACUUGUCCACUGUCAUGAGCUGAUAAGCACUGUGCAGGUUUCAUAACCCUGUUUUGCAUUUUUACAAAAUUAUGCCCCUUUUUCGACUUUCGUAUUCAUUUAAUUGACAAGGCUGUUGAAUAGUCGGGCGUUGCUGUCCUCCGACAGCUCUUGUUAAUUUUCAAAUUCGUCUUGUGUAUGAACAUAUAUAUUAUUAGAAAUUCCGAUUGAGCCGGUGUUAGGUCCCAUAAGCAGUAACCGAGUCUGCCAUUAUUUUGCUUGGUUGCGUUCUAUAUUUCCAUGGCAGGAAUUAUUUCAAAGAACAGCCUUCUUAGUGCAUUGUGGUGGUCAAAAAUGGUACACUGAGGAAAUUAACUUAGUCGUGUCCGCUGUAAGUACAAUUUUUUUCUGAUUCAGUGACGUUUUCGCAGCAUUUGUAAAAUAUUCACAAAAACAUUAAGUUAUGAAACUAAAGACGUUUACAUUUUUGCAUUAAAGGUACUGGAUUUUAGCUCAUCUGAGCAAUGCUCAGGUGAGUUAUUGUGAUUGCUCGAUGUCCGGCGUCCGUCGUCUGUCAUCUGUCGUCCGUCGUCUGUCGUCUGUCUGUCUGUCGUCUGUCUGUCUGUCGUCUGUCAACAUUUAGCUUGUGUAUGCGAUAGAGGUUGUAUUUUUCAAUUGAUCUUCGUGAAAUUUGGUCAGAAUGAUUGCCUUGAUGACAUCUAGGCCAAGUUUGAAAAUGGGUCAUCUGGGGUCAAAAACUAGGUCACUAUGUCAAAUCAAAGAAAAACUUUGUGUAUGCGAUAGAGGCUGUAUUUUUCAACUGAUCAUCAUGAAUUAUGAUCAGAAUGAUUAGCUUGAUGAAAUCUAGGCCAGAUUCGAAAAUGGGUCAUCUGGGAUCAAAAACUAGGUCACUUGGUCAAAUCAAAGAAAAACCUUGUGUAUUCGAUAGAGGCUGUAUUUUUCAACUGAUUUUUAUGAAAUUUUGUCAGAAUGAUUACCUUGAUGAAAUCUAGGCCAAAUUUGAAAUUGGGUUAUCUGGGGUCAAAAACUAGGUCGCUAGGUCAAAUAAAACAAAACUUUGUGUAUGCGAUAGAGGCUGUAUUUUUCAAUUGAUCUUCAUGAAUUUUGGUCAGAAUGAUUACCUUGAUAAAAUCUAGGUCAAGUUCAAAAAUAGGUCAUCUGGGGUCAAAAACUAGGUCAAAUCAAAGAAAAACCUUGUGUAUGGGAUAGUGGAUGUAUUUUUCAACUGAUCUUCAUGAAAUUUUGUCGGAAUGAUUACCUUGAUGAAAUCUAGGCCAAGAUCGAAAAUAGGUCAUCUGGGAUCAAAAACUAGGUCACUAGGUCAAAUCAAAGAAAAACCUUAUGUAUGCGAUAGAGGCUGUAUUUUUCAAUUGAUCUUCAUAAAGUUUUAUCAGAAUGAUUGCCUUCAUGAAAUCUAGGUCAAGUUCGAAUAUGGGUUAUGUUGGGUCAAAAGCUAGGUGAUUAGGUCAAAUCAAAGAAAAACCUUGUGUAUGCGAUAGAAGCUGUAUUUUUCAAUGAUCUUCAUAAAAUUUUGUCAGAAUGAUUGCCUUGAUGAAAUCUAGGUCGGGUUUGAAUAUGAGUCAUCUGAGGUCAAAAAGUAGGUCACUAGAUCAAAUCAAAGGAAAACCUUGUGUAUGCGAUAGAGGCUGUAUUUUUCAAUUGAUCUUCAUGAAUUUUGGUCAGAAUAAUUGCCUUGAUGAAAUCUAGGUCAAGUUUGAAUAUGGAUUAUCUGGGUUCAAAAACUAGGUCACUAGAUCAAAUCAAAGAAAAACCUUGUGUAUGCGAUAGAGGCUGUAUUUUUCAAUUGAUCUUCAUGAAAUUUAGUCAGAAUGAUAGCCUUGGUAAAAUCUAGGACGAGUUUGAAUAUGGGUUAUCUAAGGUAAAAAAGUAGGUCACUAGGUCAAAUCAAAGAAAAACCUUGUGUAUGCGAUAGAGGCUGUAUUUUUCAAUUGAUCUUCAUGAAAUUUUGUCAGAAUGAUUGCCUUGAUGAAAUCUAGGUCGAGUUCGAAUUUAGGUUAUCUAGGGUUAAAGAGUAGGUCACUAUGUCAAAUCAAAGAAAAACUUUGUGUAUGCGAUAGAGGUUGUAUUUUUCAAUUGAUCUUCAUGAAAUUUUGUCAGAAUGAUUGUUUAGAUGAAAUCUAGGUCAAGUUUGAAUAUGGAUCAUCUGGAAUUAAAAACUAGGCCACUAGGUCACAUCAAAGAAAAUACUUGUUUAAACUCAAGAGACCACAUUUUUGAUCCAAUCCUAAUGAAAAUCGGCCAGAAUAUUUGUUUCCAUGAAAUCACUAGGUCAAACAUGUUUACACUGUUAUGGUGUGUUUCUCAGGUGAGCGACCUAGGGCCAUCUUGGCCCUCUUGUUAGAUAUACAUGUGCAUCAUUUAUCAAUAUUUUAAAACAGAACAUUAUCCUAAUUGUUACAGGGUUAACAACACAAAGUGUGGAGUUAGAAUGGUUGUUAAGUACUGAUAUUAUAUUUCUCAAUGUUUCUAUGCAAAUUGUUUAUAAUCACCAUCACGGAAACACAUUAGAAUGCUGGUCUAUAUGAGUAAAAGAUAGAUAAUCCGCACUGACUCUUGAAAAUUUCAAGAACUGUACUACAUUUGUAUCAUUACAUUUUGUUGUUAUAUUAUGUCCAUGCCAUUUGUAUGAAUAUAAUCAUUUUAAUAUGUUUA